CCUUCUCUGGACCAGUCUUUCCUAACCUCCAUGACCUUACUGGCAUCGCUGGUUCGGCCGAGGAACGUUCUGCGCCGGGCUCUGCCUCUCAAGAAAACAAGUUGCAUUUUCUUCUUGUGAUGACAAAGCAACUGUGUUGGCUGAUGCUACUUAGCCACUGAUUGACCGCUGGUUCAUUGAAAACGUAGUAACUAUUGAAGACUCGAAUAACUGUAAACGCAAAUUUGAUUAAAUAGUGAAAUGUUUUUGAAAGUUUGGGGAAAUUGGAACUUUAAAGGAGAGAGAACAAUACUCGAGAUGAAGUCACUUCGGAAGAUUACACUGGAUCCAACUAUACAUGCGUUAACUUCGGUAUUGUUGUUUAUUGGUGAAAUGAUUCACAACAAAUUUUUUCUGUUUCAGAUUAUUUAGGAUCAGAUCCCUUAAAUAAUUAAAAAACAUUUAUGUAAAUUUCUCCGCAUCAGUAAGAAUUUUUUCAAAAUAAAUUUUUGUUCAGACUUGGACUGAACUUACUACAACAAUACAUCAUUAUCUGAUUCUUGUUUCGAGAAGUUAUCUUUAGUAUCUAACGAUGAAUGUGGAGGUUGAAAAUUUUCUCACUGCUAUAAUUUAUUGAAGCUGUUGUGAAUAAAAAACCUCCGUUAGUUUCGUUUGAUUAUAUUUGCGGAAAUCAAAUCUAGAAUUAUGAAGAAAUUCGCAUUUAUACUAAGCAUAUCAUCCUAUCUUCUAGCUUACAUACCACAUAUAGCGUCACAAAGCGGCACAUUAGGAAACGAAACGAUAUCGUUCUCCAACAAUACAACAGAUUAUGGCGGUGGCGACGAAUACUACUCAUCAGACGAUAGUGCUAUCGAAGGGCAGUGGAACAACACGAAAGAACUGGCACAGUGCGAGAACUCAACUUGCGUCCGAAAAUGUUGUCCUGAGGGUCAAUUCUUUUCUCUUCAUGGUGACGCUUUCGGAUGCAUUAAUAGCAGUGAUGAAGUUCCUAAGUUUGAAGUACAGUUUAGAUUCAAAGAUGGACGUCCAACAUACCCAGACAAGCCUCUUGAGUUGCUCACGGGAAUGAAAGGCAUGAAGCCAGGAUGCACUCAAGGCGUUCUUCCUGAACACAGGAGGGCCGAACUCCUCAGUGACGGACAGCUGUACACCGCGUACGACCAGAUCUUCCGCAACCACAGCGAGUAUUGUCUCGACGUCAUCCGUCGCGACGACGAGCACUUCGGCAUGUGGUAUAUCACGUGCUACGACGAGUACGAGGAAACUCCUCGCUCCAUCUUCCGCUUCUACAGCCACUCGAUCUUCCUGACGCUGUCGUGCGUCGCGUUGUCGGUCAUCAUCGUCUGUCACGUAUCCCUGCCUCAGCUCAGGGACCUCUCUGGCAUGUGUCUCUUGUCGCACGUCACGAGCCUCUUCGUCGCUGAUCUUGCAUUGGUCACCGUCACUCUGUGGCGAUCCAUCUCCGUCAACUUAUGCGUAUUCUUUGGAGUCGUCAUUCAUUCUGGCUUCAUCGCAACAUACAUGUGGCUCACCAUCAUGUGCUUCGAUAUCUGGCGUUAUGUUCGGCUUAGCGUGAAAGGCAUCCCGAGUAACCUGCUGCAGCAGGAAGAGAAGAGGCUGUUUGGGUUCUACAGCCUGGCAGUGUGGGGCUCAGUUCUGCUUAUCACCAUCGUCACUUGCACACUUCAGUUCUUGCCGAAAAAUGCUCUCCCGGAUUACAUAAUCAGACCACAGUUCGGCGUCAAUAGAUGUUUCAUCAUAGAGGAGGAUCACAAUUUGUUGGUCUACUUCUUCCUCAUCCUGGCCGUACUUUGCAUCCUGAACAUCUGCUUCGUGGGGAUGACGGUGAACUACCUGUACCAAGGCGGAGCCAGAAUCUGUUGUUUCCAGCGUUCCUUGGCGUGUGCAGACUCUGUUGUAUUUAAUAAUAAGCAGCUCGAUUUGUUCUGGCAACGGUUCCAGAUCUUCGUAAUGACUAUCUGCAUCUGGUCGACUGAAGUUCUCUCAUGGAAAAUUCCUCCCAAAGAACUCUGGGAUGCAACGGAUCUCCUCAACACCUUACAGGGAGUCAUCCUUCUCAUCAUCUUCAUGAGGGCCAAGCGAAAACGUGAUUUAAUUUUAACGCAGGUGCGCAAAUUUGCCGGUAUUGCCCAUUCCGCAGCUCAGAAACUUUCGAGAGACGACGACACAUCCAUGACAAGCCUCGAAACACAUCUCAGCAAACAAGGUAGCGAUAAAGAAACCAUCGACAAAAUACGGAAACUUUCUCGUCAGGAAGAGACCGUCUCAAGCACCAUCGUGAAGAGUCUGGCCCAAAGCAAGAUUCUUGCCGAAGAUGCGCGGUCGCCCCAAGUGCAGGACUGCUUAAAAAUGAACCAUUCACCUACGCAGCAAAAUGCACUGCACCCUCCCGUCAACUGACAACCUGACUAGUUAUUGAUAAUUGUCAACUGUAGCUUAUUUGAUGAAAGCAACCCUCGUAAGUUUAAUAUUUGGAAGUACUAUAACGUAUUAGUAACCGUAAAAUAUGUGAAACUGUCAUAAAGUAUUCCAUGGAUGUUGCGUUCAAAUUUAGAGUCUUGGAAAAUGUAAUUUUAGUAUAUUUUUAGUAUGUAUUUGCUUAAAGCAGACAGUAUUACUCUGAACUAUGUUUGUUGUUUGAGUCAGAAAUGCGCCUUAAUAAUCACAGUGCUUUCUGAUAUUUCACGAGCUGGUAUCAUUUUUUUCACUAUGCGGAAAAAUUUUGAAUUUUUUUUGACUGUUGAAAAAUGUAGAAAAUAAAAUAGACUGUGCAAUAAUUUUACUCGUGCUAAUUUUACUAGCCUGUCAAAUUACUUUUUCUAUUUGCCUAAUGCGGUAUUAUGUCAUUGAAACAUAGCAUAGAGAAAAAUUCUUUCAACUGUGAAAGCAAAACGCUUUUCAUCCACUAAAAGUAGCAAUGAAAGCUGAUACACUCUCAACCAAGUAUCAUAAUUUCGGAAGUUCUUCAGUUUUAAAUGUGUUGCUGAGUAAGGGAGACAACCUUCAACACGCAUUCGAAGUACGUAGUAAUAAGUAAUCUUUAAAAUGUUUCUACAAUAAUUAUAUGAUGGUGUGAAUGGCUCAAGUAUUGAAAAAGAAAGAAACGUUACUUAGGAGCGUAGGGAACUAUGAUGUACAAGUAAUUUUACGACGAAAACAGUAAAAAUGUAGGCUAACUUCUACCACGUAUAAUGGCUGUCAAUAAAUAGUUUUUUUUUUUUCUUAAAAUUACUGAGUGGAAAACUGCAAAGUUGCUGAACGUCCGUUUCACACGCUGGUUAAACAUGGUUCUUAAGUUAAAUUGUUACAUAUUUAUUAAGUAUGUGCGUUUUAUAGUUUUUUACCCGUUGAUAUUCUCUGAAUAGAAGUGCCAAAAUCAA